AUGAGUACAUUUAAGCAACGACUUGGAAAUGCUCUUAACACUCAACUCAACUUCCCAACCCACCAGAAUACCUUCUCCCCUCAUCAAUAUAAUCAAUAAAUGGAUACCUCUUCAGCAAACAUCUACGGAGCUGGCAAUCAAAACAUCGCUACCAACAGCAGAAAGAGUGUUAAUGCCAGUAGAAUAAGUAACAAUACAAGUAGUGUCUUAAGCGAAAGAGUUCAUCGAAUUUCUGAGAAGAUCAAUGAGAUUCAUUAAAACAUUGAAAAAGGUAAAGUUGGAAAACUUGAAGAAUACGAAAAGAAGGUCAACCUAUUAGAACAAUAAUUCGUAGACGGACUUGACUCUGCUGAGAAAAAUUUCUAGCAAGUUGAUCAAAGACUCCAAAAUGUAUUCUAAUAUUUGAAUGGAGACAGGCUAUCAAAAGAAGAUCUACUUAGAUAAAAGAGAGAAGAAAUAGCUCAAAGAGAGCAAGAAAUAUUAGAGAGAUUCGCUCAUGCUGAGAAACAAAGAUUCGAUAUUGAUAAAAGACUCACUAAGUUAGUGGAUGAAAGAGCUACUGCAGUUUCAGGGGAUUUGCAAUAUGAGGCAAGAAAUAGACUUGAGUCUAUUGAGCAUAUUAAAGCUUGUUUAAAGAGUGAUUUCCCAAAACUAGAAGAAAUGAUUAGGAAAGAGGCAGAAGAUAGAGAAGAAAAUGAUGCCAUGCUAGAUCAGCAACUUCUCUCUGAAAUGGCCCGCCUUAGAAGCUUGGUAGAUGAUGAGAAGAGAGGAAGAGAAGAGACUGAGGAAACUAUGAUUGAAAUGUUCAAAGAGAUGAUAUCUAAGAUUAAGAGUGAAAUUGAUUCCGAGAAAUCAGAAAGAGAACAGGCAGAAGAAGCACUUUUAAGCCUCUUAGAGGAAACUUGCGCUAAACUCAAUAAAUCGGUGGCAAUCUGA